AUGAAGACUAAUACAUCCUUUAAAGCGGGGGAGAUUAUUUGCCCCAUAUCGGCCGACUACACUUUUGAGCAUGGUGAACUUGUCCUCCCUGAUGGGAACCAUGUGCGACACGGAGCGAAAUUCAAUGCCACUAUCAUCAGUCGUUUUAUCAUUACCACAGAAGACCUUGCAGAAGGUCAAGAGGUGUUGGUGGAUCUCAACACAUUCGUGUAUGAGGCGGUAGAAAGCCAACAGAUGCAAAUCCCUGGGUUUAAAAACCUUCCAGAUGUUGAGAAACAGCGACUCUACACAUACGCGGAUGAACGUGUGCGUCAGCAGGCUAUUGCCGAUGGUUUUAUCCCACGACGCAGCGAAAGCGGAAUGGAUGUUGUGCGUACGGCCUCCAAGUCAUCGCUAGUGACAGUCUCACGUGGAAAUCAUGAGGCGCAGAGUGUGGUGUUUACAUCAACUGGUGUUUUGCUUCCGUUCCCGGUGCGCAGCACAAUUGAGUUACCAGGUGAAAGACACUUGAGACUCACUGGUGGAUCCGAGUUCAUACGUCACGCCUGCCAGCCAAAUCUUUGCCUUGAGAUUGAUGGAGAUUGUAUUCGUGCUAUAGCCCUCCGCCCUAUAGAAGAUGGAGAACAACUUACUUGUAACUAUCUCUAUACGGAAUGGGAUAUUGCCCAACCAUUUUGUUGUGCUUGUAAUACAUAUUCCUGCUAUGGAUUUGUACGAGGAUUUCGUUACCUUGACGCUGAACAACAGAUGCACCUGUUACCAUACGCAAGCGCUGCAAUUAAAGAAAAAUAUCAUGCACCAUCGCUUUCUACCGCAUCUUUGACUUUGUUGAAGGAAAAUACAGCCAUGUCACUUACCUUUGAAGGAAGAGUUGCUGCUCAACGUUAUAUUGACUCUGGGACAGUACUAUUUCAUGUAAAUCGUUUUCGUGUUCAACCACGUGAAGUUAUUAUUGAUAAUUUACAGAUACCACAUAGUUGUGAUGCAAAUUGUGUUUUACUAGAAAGUAGGUUAGUAACAACUCGACCAUUACUACCUGGUGAUUUGAUUACCUUGAAUAUAUCCACAUUAUUCUAUGAAGUUCCACUUCCUUUUGAUUGUCUAUGUGGAUCUCACAACUGUACACAUCUUGUUAAAGGAUUUUCAUCAUUGAGUGAUAGUGAAAAGAACCGACUUAUGACUUUUACAGAUAUCUCUAUUGUUACAGAAGCAUUUCGUAAUGUAUCAUCUAUAGAGAGUUCUAGUCCAUUGGUAAAAAUUAUAAGAGAUCCGUUAAUUGGAUAUGUUACAUCUGCUGAACAUUUUAUACCUAAGGGUACACGUAUUUUCCAUGUUAAUGGGUUUAUUUUACCUUUUCCAACGAUUUAUACAGUAUUUCUUGGAGAAGGUAAACAUUUACUUUUUUCUGAAGGUGCCCAGUAUUUGGGACACAGUUGUGAACCUAACACUCGACUUUAUGUGGAUGCUUCAAAUGGUAUUGCAGAUUGUGUAGCCACACGAGAUAUACAACCAGGAGAACUUGUAGGUUUUAAUUAUCUUACUUCUGAGUGGGAUAUGGCCAUACCUUUUAAGUGUAGAUGUGGAAGUUUAUCAUGCCAUGGUGUAAUUAAAGGAUUUCGUCACCUUGAUGAGCGUACUCAGUUAAAACUUUGGCCUCAAACAACCACAGGGGUGAAAUUACUUUUUAAACAAAACCGGAGAAGUGCACUUCCUACCCUUAAUAAUUCUAUAGUUACUUUUCAUGAAAAUACGAAUGAACUUUGUGUGGCCCGUGAUAUGCCUUCUGGUAUUAUUCUCUUUGAAGCAACAGGUUUUAAUGUUAUAGGAGAUGAAAUUGUACUGGAUGAUAUUCGACUUAAACAUUCAUGUAAUCCAACGGCUCUUUGGCUUGAAGGAUAUGUUGUUCUUUGUCGUGCCUCACUACGGGGAGAUGCGGUAACUCUUAACAUUAAUCAUCUUAUCUACAGUACCACUACACCUUUUGUUUGCCGUUGUGGAUUUUCCAAUUGUGUUCAAACGGUAUCUGGUUUCGCAGGUUUGACAGAUGAUCGAAAAGAAAUGGAAAUGUUGUAUGUGGACCCACAAGUUCGAGCUACAGCUGUAAAUAAUGGAUAUUGUAUUCGAAGUUCUUCUCCUCUUGUGGAAGUAAAGGCGAAUGGACGUAUGGGACAGGCAACAUUUGCAAAAGAAGAUAUUAUAAAAGGAACUCGUUUUUUUAAUGUUACCGGUCUUGUUUUACCUUUUCCAACUAUAUAUACCAUUCUUAUUGCAGAUAAACAACAUCUUCUUUUUGCAGAUGGAGCGCAGUGUUUGGCACAUAGUUGUGAUCCGAAUGUUCGUAUUAUUGUGGAUAGUACAGCGAGACGAAUUGAAUGUGUUGCAUUGCGAAAUAUAAAAAAGAAUGAAUUAAUUUCUUUUAAUUAUCUCACUACAGAAUGGGAUAUGCAAACUCCAUUCACAUGUUUAUGUGGGGCAGCAAACUGUUAUCAUGAUAUAAGAGGAUUUAAGUAUCUGAGAGAUGAAUUACGUCAAAACUUAUGGAGCAUAACAACUCCAGCUAUUGCAUCUUUAGCAGCUGUUGAAAAAGGAGUAGAUGCUUGGAUGCAAAUAGCUUCAGAACGUCUCUUUCUUGAAAAUGAUGGUUCUGUACAUAUAGGAGAUAAUAUGAAAGAAGGAAUAGUUCUUAUUAAUGUUUCUUCUUUAGAAAUUCGUGAUGGAUUUAUCUAUAUUGAUGGAUUACGUCUUCGUCAUCAUUGUUCACCUACUGCGGCUCUUAUUGAUGAUAAAAUUGUAUUAAUUCGUACUGUUAAUAGAGGAGAUGAAUUAACAGUUGAUCUUAACUGUCUUAGAUAUGAAUUUCCAAAAGAGUUUGUAUGUAAAUGUAAUCGAUUUAAACAUGAACACAUUAUCAAUGGGUUUAAAUACUUGGAAGAGCGAGAAAAGUGUUCACGAAUCGUCUUUACUGAACUCAGUGUACGUUCUGCAGCUUUAAGAGAUGGAUACAAAUUGGAAUGUUAUUCUUCUUCUUUAGUUGAAAUACAGAAAGGUAAUACUGGAAUGGAAGCCUAUGCUGCUACUAACAUAUCUUCUGGUAGACGUUUUAUGAAAGUUACAGGUCUCUGUUUACCAUUUGCUUCAGUAGGAACAAUACAAUUGGAAGAGAAAAAACAUUUAUUACUUUCUGAUGGGGCACAAUUUAUUUUACACAGUUGCAAUCCAAAUAUUCGUAUGUGUGUGGAUGCGGUGAAUAAUACUGUUACGUGUGAAGCUUUACGUGAUAUUGAAAGUGGAGAAUUAAUCACAUUUAACUAUUUAACAACAGAAUGGGAACUAUGUGCACCUUUUAGAUGUGAAUGUGGAAACGAAAACUGUUUACAUGAUAUUCGUGGUUUUAAGUUUCUCACAGGAGCACAGCGUAUGCAUUUACAGCGUCAAGUAACACCUUUUAUACGUAAUAUGGCCAAUAGACAUACUUUCAUACAAUUACCAUCUUUUUUAAAGAAAAAUACAAAUGGAAUGUUGCAGUUGACAAAUACGGUAACUCGUGGAACGGUAUUGUUGGAAUCUUCGGAUAUAGAUAUUCAACCGACACAAGUUUCCCUAGGAGGAGACGCUUAUAUUAUUCAACAUAAUGCUAAUCCCAAUGCUGUAUUUGUGGAAGGUCGCUUUAUCGCAUUACGUACUAUUGAAGAGGGGGAAGUGAUUACAGUAGAUAUGAAUUUGUUCAUAUAUGAUAUGAAAGUUUUCUUUCCACACGCUUUUGCAGAAGAAGUGAAAGGAUUCCGUCAUCUUGAUGAUAAAGAAAAGCAACGCAAGUUAUACUUGUGUGAACCACCUGUACGUGCUCAGGCUAUGCAUGAUGGUUGGAUCGUCAAAUCAACAUCCCCGCUUAUUGAAGUUCGUCCAAAUGGAAAAAUGGGACAAACGGCAUACGCAUUAAAAGAUAUUCCCCAAGGUGAGAAAUUGUUUCACUUAACAGGUCUCGUUGUACCUUUUCCCACUAUGUAUACAAUCUGCGUGGGAGAUGAUAAACAUCUUCUUUUCGGUGAUGCCGCAGAGUGUAUUGCCCACCAUUGUGAACCAAAUGUACAAGUGAUUGUACAUGAAGAGGAUGACUCGCUGGAAUUUGUAACUUUUAAGCCUAUUGCAGCAGGAGAGAUGGUGACGUUUAACUAUUGCUCAACAGAAUGGACAAUGAAUACGCCGUUUGUGUGCUUAUGUGCAUCGGAGCAUUGCUCACACACUAUACGAGGUUUUUCACACUUGAGUAAGGCAGACCGUCAACGUCUUUGGCCCAUCACGAGUACUGUGGUCCGUCGAUAUGCAAGUAGAGAGGGUCAUUGA